GUCUACCCAACAGCUGAAACUUGAGCCAAUAUACAUGCAAAAGCUGGGAGCUGUGCACACUCUGGUGCAGAUAGAACUAUGCGAUAGAAGUCAACUGUUGACAAGUUGUUUUCUCUACCUGUUCUCCUAGGUUUCCCUUGUCCACCUCCUAAAAACUGUGCGGUUGCUCCGCCUCUUGCGUCUCCUUCAGAAGUUGGAUCGUUACUCCCAACACAGCACAAUUGUUCUCACGCUUCUCAUGUCCAUGUUUGCCUUGCUUGCUCACUGGAUGGCCUGCAUUUGGUAUGUCAUUGGGAAAAGGGAGAUGGAACAGAAUAACCCCCUAACCUGGGACAUAGGUUGGCUUCAUGAGCUAGGAAAACGUAUUGAGUCUCCUUACUAUGAGAAUAAUACACUAGGAGGCCCAUCAAUCAGAAGUGCCUAUAUAGCUGCCCUAUAUUUCACCCUCAGCAGCCUCACCAGUGUUGGGUUUGGAAAUGUUUCAGCCAAUACCGAUGCUGAAAAGAUCUUCUCCAUUUGCACCAUGCUGAUUGGCGCUCUGAUGCAUGCCUUGGUGUUUGGCAAUGUGACUGCUAUAAUUCAAAGGAUGUACUCCAGAUGGUCCCUUUAUCACACAAGAACCAAGGAUCUGAAGGACUUUAUACGGGUCCAUCACCUGCCACAGCAGCUAAAACAAAGGAUGCUUGAGUAUUUCCAAACCACGUGGUCUGUCAAUAAUGGAAUUGAUUCCAAUGAGCUUUUAAAAGACUUCCCAGACGAGCUGCGUUCAGACAUCACCAUGCACUUGAACAAGGAGAUUUUGCAGCUUUCCCUUUUUGAGUGUGCCAGCCGUGGUUGCCUCAGGUCUCUGUCUCUGCAUAUCAAAACCUCCUUCUGUGCUCCUGGGGAAUACCUCCUCCGGCAGGGAGAUGCCCUGCAAGCGAUCUACUUUGUGUGCUCAGGUUCCAUGGAAGUUCUGAAGGACAGCACCGUGCUGGCGAUUCUCGGUAAAGGAGAUUUAAUUGGAGCAAACCUAUCCAUUAGGGAUCAAGUUAUUAAAACAAAUGCCGAUGUUAAAGCCCUAACGUACUGUGAUCUCCAAUGCAUUAUCCUCAAAGGUCUCUUCGAAGUGCUUGACCUUUACCCGGAGUAUGCUCACAAGUUUGUUGAAGACCUACAGCAUGACCUCACAUACAACCUAAGAGAAGGCCAUGAAAGCGAUGUAAUAUCAAAAUUAUCAAACAAGUCUACGCUAUCUCAGACAGAGCUCAAGGGAAAUGGAAAUAUAAAGAAGAGACUCCCUUCAAUUGUGGAAGAUGAGGACGAGGAUGAGGAGGGAGAAGAAGAGAACAGUACCCUUUCACCAAUCCACACAAGAAGCACAAAUUGCUCUCAGCAGAAGAAGGCUGGAAGCAAUAAAAGCCACCUAGGGAGAAAUUUGAAGCAGUUGGCCUCAGGAACGGUGCCCUUUCAUUCCCCCAUCCGUGCUUGCAGUUCAAACCCCUCAAGAACAAAACAUGAAACGGAGCUCCAUUACUACUGCAGAAGGAAGGAGAAAAACCUUAAGUUACACCUUUCAGCACUGACCACCAGUUGUCCACCUGACCUGAGCCCAAGAAUUGUUGAUGGGAUUGAAGAUGGAAACCAUAAUGAGGAAAGCCAAACCUUUGACUUCAGCUCUGAUCAGCUCAGGCAGGAAUCGAGGUUAUCUCCUACAAUUGGAGAGGCUGAAAUUGGUGCUGCUGUGCUUGUUAUCAAAGCAGAAGAGACCAGACAACAGAUCAGCAGGCUUAAUAACGAGGUGACAACUUUAACUCAAGAAGUCUCACAACUAAGUAAGGAUAUGAAGAACAUGAUGCACCUUCUGGAGAACCUCCUCACAUCCCAGAAGCCUCCAGGGUUCUGUGCUAUGCAUGGUGUAUCUCGAAGUCCUACCCUGGAAAGUCUGCAGUCUCGAAUGGCUUGGACUACACACCAACCUUGCACGCACAUGCAAGCUGGGAACUUCACUUGCACCAAAGCACAACUUUGCCGCGGCAACACGUUAUGUGACAUGUGGAAUACAGACCUGUCCUCUGUAGGCAGCAGUCCCCAAAGAACUGAACCCAACCUGCAAAAUUCUAUGGACGGUGAAUUUUAUUAUACAGCAGGCCUUCACAAUUCCCCCUCCCAGUAUCAGGUAAUUCAAAAAGACAAUUUGCAAUUUUUAAGAUGCACCUCUCCCCAUUCAGACACUACCUUGACUCCUCUUCAGUCUAUUUCAGCAACUCUUUCCUCUUCCGUAUGCUCUUCGUCAGAGACAUCCUUACACCUUGUGCUCCCCAGCAGAUCUGAGGAAGGUAGCUUUAGCCAAGGAGCAAUCAGCUCACUAAGCCUUGAGAACCUGCCAGGAUCGUGGGACCUGGAAGGAACAGCCGGAGUAGUAUCUGCACAGACCCCAGAUUUCCCAAUAGACAUUGUGACAAGCACAAGGGAUGUUAAAGAUAAAGAUUACCAAGCCAUAGACGUAUAA